CUUUUUUUUUCCUCUAAUUAAAAUAAUGGACAUAUAUAAAAAGCGGCACUUGGAAAAUAAUCAACAAUAUAACAAACAUGAACAGACGAUCGACAGUAUACAAAGUGCGUUGCGUAGGGAGAUACCACACCUAAUACAAGAAUUUGAACUUACAGUGCAAGAAUCGGAUACAAUCCAUGAAUUCAUUAACGAUCGAGCAACGAUGUUUCGAUUUCUCAGAAAAAAUAAAUAUUCAUUGCCCACUUCGCUUUCAUUAUUGUUGGACACCGUACGAUGGAGGAUUUUGGCUGACAUUGAUGCUAUUCGCGUAUCCAGCGUCAGAGAAUUUUUGCAUGAACCUCUUGUCUAUUUUCAUAAAUCCGAUAAAAUACAUCGCCCCGUCUUGGUCGUCAACCUUGCAUAUUUACCAAAGGCACCCGAAGGUUAUGAUGUCACUGAAUUCUUGACACCCCUAGUUAUUUUUGUCUUGGAAACCGCUCGUUUGUUAAUCUGGGACAGGACAAAGGAAAGAACUCAGGCAGGCACAGAACUUCCCCUUGUGCUGGAAACAAUGAUUCUAGUGGACUUUAAAAAUGCCAAUGGACUACCCACGGACAUGACCCUGUUUAAGUCGUUCGUUACUCUCAUGAGAAGAUACCCGGGUAUGACAGGCACCGUUAAUUUAUUAAACUUUGGUUGGAUGUAUCAAGGUCUUUGGCAAAUGUGUAAGCUGGUAUUAUCCAAUGACGCCAAAUCCAAGGUGAAUUUCCCCAAAUUACCAGAGCUCUCUGUGCUGAUUGAGCCCAAAGACCUGCUGACUGAUUUUGGUGGAGAUGACCCAUUCUUGUGGGACUCUAGAAAUGAUGGCUACUAUGCCAAGUAUAGAGGAUCGGUACAGCAGCUGAGUCGUCGUAAUUCCAACUCAUCCAUUUACUAUGAUACAAUUGAACCCUUCACGAGACCGUCUUCGUCAUUUAGCUUAUACGGAACACCGAUUGGAUCAUUAACACCUGUAGCGAGUCAUGCCAAUUUAACAAGUGUAGCCAAAGCCUACUCAAACUUAUCCCUUCCUUCCAAAUUGGGCAACGGAAUGCCACUUCGUACAACCAUAAAGACACUGGGAUUGUUUGUCAAUGCAUCAUCCACUGAUUUCAUUGGCGGUGUGCCUUCAUGGGUCCUGUCAGAAAAGUUAAAUGCGAUACAUGGAGUGCGGGAUGAAACGACAAGAAGGAGGAGAUGGUUUAUAAAGUUACUGUCCAGGUGUGAACAUACAGCCAGAUACAUGACAAUGCGCAUCCUGCGAAAAGUCGUCAAAUACCGUGGUACUCUUUACUGGGUUGUUGCUUGUUUCUUAUUGAGAAAUGGAGUUCAAGAACUUAUAGAACAUGUGUUUAUGUUAAUGAUGCAACUGAUGCUGACGAAUUCGGCUAGAAAUACGGUUGGUUUAGGCAGCCUACUUAGUUUAACUUCUGGUCAAAUGACACUGUAAAUAAUAAUAAGACCCUAUGACGUACAGAGGGGAUGACCCGCACCCUCACAUAUAAAUUAUAUGCAAAAUACUCAAUCCCGUUAAAAUAAAAAUAUAUCACGUGUAUUAAACAUCUAAA